AUGAGGAACUUCAUCUCAACUACAGCUUUACUGCUCUGCAUCGUGAGCUGGAUCUCUGUCUCAGUUUCUGAGUUUUACACUGUGGAUGUUCAGCCUGGUGAAGACGUGACACUGCUGUGCUCCAACUUUUCCAGUGUUCCCUCUCAGAUAUUCUGGUUCAGAGUGGUCAAGAGAUCCAAGCCUCACUGUAUCUCAUCUAUGUUCCAGCCUCUCGAGCCUGCUUCAUUCUGUGAGGGAUUUCAAAAUGGCAAAUUUGAAAUGAGAUCCAACAUUUCUACAUUUUUUCUCAAAAUCAAGCAAUUGGAUUCAACAGACUCUGGACUGUAUUUUUGUGGAUAUUAUGUGAGCAAAAACCCAAUUAUUGUCAGUGCAACAUAUUUAGAGGUUCAAGGAGAGUCUGAUGGAAUAACAAAGCCGAUGAGUGUGAUCCUGGGUGGUCUGACUAAUCUCCUUGUUAUGAUCAUUAUCGGUCUGGUUGUCAAAAUCAGGAAAUUUCAGACAGCUCAUGUUGAAGAACUGAAUCCACCUCAGACAGAGAGUCAGGACUCCGAUGACCUGAACUAUGCAGCUGUGACUUUUCAACUAAAAGACACGAGAAACCACAGGCCUGCAUCAGAGAGAGAAGUGGAGACUCAAGUUAUUUAUUCUUCCACCAGAUAG